UUGUUCCUCCCUCUCUCUCGAAACUUCUUCGAGCAGAGGAGGGAGUCCGCAAGACGAAAAAGAAGCCCAAAAGAAUACUAGAACAGAGAAGGAAGAGCAGAGGAGAUAUAAAGAAUCCCCGACAGCCCCUUCGAUCUCGAUCGAUCUCGAUCGAGAGAGAGAGAUGGAGGAUUUCUGGUGGAAGAUAUAUCGGGGGGACCCGGGGGUGCCGCACACCAACCCGGAUCGGAUCGUCAGCACAUGCGUGCGCACCUUCGCCUUCUCCGCCGUCGCCUGCUUCAACUCCUUCACGAGGCAGCAGCUCUCCCACCACUUCAAUUGGGAUGAUAAGGCCCUGAUGUUCGAUCACCACCAUCGGAAGAAAGCUAUGGAGAAGCAGCAGCAAAUCAGUUUUGGAAAGAGUAAAGGAGCAAGCGAUCAUGGGAAUUAUGCUGCUUCAGUUGGCCAGUCUACAUCCACUAGCUGAAGUGCUGCUAAUAUGUUUCUUCUGAGUUUCAUUUGGAUAUAGAAUAGGUAACAAUGGAAUAAGUAGCUCUGAGUGUUCAUGGUUUGGGUCAUCUGGAUAGGCUUUCAGGCAUGGAACUUUUGUGGAUGAACAAGCUGCAUACUAUAUCAUUUUCUAAAUGUAUUUGGAGUCGUUUCUUUUUGUCAUCGUUUAAUUGUGCCAUUAAAUCAACCUGCAUUGCAUUGGUUGUUCAGAGAUAAUAUUUGCAUAGUAUAUGUUCACUGUUGUGGACUUUUUGGUCCCUUACUUUUAAA